AUGGCAGCGUCUGGAGGGCCGGAGGCCCCCGCGGAGCCCCUGGACGUCGCGUGCGGCCUGGAGAACGUGCCCGUGAGCGUGUGGCCGCCGGGGGCGAGGCCAGGACCUUUCCAGUACAGCCCUGACCACGUGGCCGGGCCCGGAGCCGAUGCCGACCCCGCGGAGAUCACCUUCCCCGGGUGCUCCUGCCUCGCCCGGCCCUGCACGCCCGGCACCUGCUCCUGCCUCCGCCACCAGGAGAACUACGACGAGGAGGGGGCCCUCCGGGACCUGGGGCCGGCAGCCAGGUGCGCCUGGCCCGUCUUCGAGUGCAACGCCCUGUGCCCGUGCCCCGGGCGCUGCGGGAACCGCGUGGUGCAGCGGGGCCUGCAGCGCCCCCUGCAGGUGUUCCGGACGGCCCGCAAGGGCUGGGGGCUGCGCACGCUGGCGCCCAUCCCCAGAGGCCGCUUCGUCUGCGAGUACGCCGGCGAGGUGCUGGGCUCCUCCGAGGCUCAGGCCAGAGCUCGGCGGCAGACGGAGCAGGACCCCAACUACCUCCUGGCCGUGCGGGAGCACGUGGCCGGCGGGCGGGUGCUGGAGACGUUCGUGGACCCCGCGCGCGUGGGCAACGUGGGCAGGUUCCUGAACCACUCCUGCGAGCCCAACCUGCUCAUGGUGCCCGUCCGCGUGGACUCCAUGGUGCCCCGGCUGGCGCUGUUCGCGGCCAGAGACAUCGCGCCCGGCGAGGAGCUCUCCUACGACUAUUCGGGCCGGUUCCUGAACCGCUCGGCCCCGGGGGACGAGGCCAGGCCGGGUGGCGGGAAACCAAGGAAGCCUUGUCACUGCGGGUCCGCGUCCUGCGCCGCCGUCCUGCCCUACGACGCGUCCCUGUACCGCAGCCCCGAGGGGCCGGCCCCGGCUCCGGGGGGGACAGGGUAG